UUCUACCACUAUAUGAUUUACGUCCACACCAGCGAAUCAGUCUAGAAGUUAGAACCUCACCGUAUACCGGUACCGGUCUCUGGUGCCCUGGCCCUGGCCCCGGGAGUGCUCCUAACUUAGUCCUUCGUCGCAGACGCAAGCUUUGACUGUUGACAGAAGAUGAUAAAGGAGUUUGAUCGAGACUCGAGGAAUGACUGGAUCUACUUAACCAACACUGGAAACAAGGCUCCAGCAAGGCCCUACCAACGGCCCUACAUGUACUGGAGACCUAGUCCUGAGUAGCAGGACUGCCAUCUACAGGAGCUCUAUUUCUUCCUGUUCAAGUUUGACCGGUGCCACAUGAUGACUGAAGAGACUGCUUCUUCCGUGGAUAAACAGAUCAUGGAGGCUGACCGGACAAGGAAGGAGUUGACGAGAAAUGUUGCAGAGAAAGAAGAAUCUUGCAGAAAGUUGAAAUUGGUCAAGAUGUACAGAUCGAAGAAUGACCUGGAAACGCUUCAAGAUCUGAUAGAUAAAUGGAGGGACGGGUGUCAGACGGCCAUCCUGAGACUGUAUGAAAAACAUCCAGAGCCCAGGCCCUCUCUAGGUGACUUCAUCAACAGCUGCAGAUUGGACAAAGACCUCAUCAGAUUCAACGAAGAAGAAGAGACAUUUACCUGACAAGUACUGAGGUGGAGUGGUCGGUGGACAUGCUGCCUGACUAUGAAGCCGAGGGUAGAGGGUUCAAACCAUUUUGAUUUGCCAAGCACCUCUGUUUUGGGUUGGUAGCCAGUAGGUACUUUGUGGGAUUGUGGCUGGACUUAAUGAAAGGAAGUUGUGUAUUCACUUAGUCUGGAAGAAAUUGAUCUACUUGUCAGAUAGUCUAAUGGCAAAACCCAUUUGGUCUGAUAUCAAUUUUGUUUGUGGCAAUUGCCCUUUGGCCUACAGUAAGUUGGUCUAGACUAAUACCCACUCACUCAGUCUAGUACCCAGAUGAUCUACUUUGUCUAAAUUUCCCGUUUGAUUCUGGACCGCACUUCAGACUGCAAACUGCGGUCGUAUACCCCAUUUUUUGUUAGGAAAAUCUCAAACAACAUUUCCAACCCCAAUAGACUCAUCUUGGCCAGGUAAUCCCCUUGUCUCAAUUUCACCACCACGGGCCAGCUAAACGAGCGUUGAGCCAAAGAC